UACAUCCGAGUUUCAGCUUGUUUACUUAUCAAAAUUUCAAUAACCUCAUACUAAAUUAUGCAGUGAGUCAAGCAAUAGAUACUAAGUGUAGAAUAAUGAAUGUCAUGUCGUUAACAGUUGUUCUUUUGAUGUCUCCGUAUUCAACGCCUUUGAGAGCUUAUAGACCGGACGGUUUUAUUAAAUGUUAUAAGGACGACAGGAGAAACAGAAUUCUAAAAGGAAAACACCAAAAAUCCAAAACUAAUAGUGGAGAUGAGUGCAAACAAUACUGCAUGUCAAAUGGAUUUAGAUAUGCAGGGACAGAGAAUGAAGAUGAAUGUUACUGUGGACAUACCAUACCUGUUCAAGAACUAUUAUAUGUCUGCAAUCACAAAUGUCCAGGGAAUCCCGAAGAAAUAUGCGGAGGGCGUUCGACAAUUUCUGUGUACGACACAUGGUAUUGUGCUACAUCGCCUUGUAAGAAUGGUGCCACAUGUGAAGACAUUGAUGCCAGCAGCUAUAACUGUAUCUGCUUUGGAGAAUGGACAGGGAAACAUUGUGACAAACAUACAUCAUCGUCGUCGUCGUCAUCGGCUACAAACACUCCUGUAAUAAAUAUAACGAGUGCUGCAACGAAUGAACACGCAAAAUCGACAGAGGAUAAGAGCCCAUUAUCGACAAGCAUAAAAAUAACAACACAUUUUCCCAACAUUAAAACGACAGAUAAAUCUGAAUCAAACAUUGCCGAAUAUGUGUUGGUCCCAGUAGCUUUAGUAGUCCUGAUAGCUAUUACCGUGGCAGCAGUCUGCAUAAAGAGACGAAGGGCUGCUAAGAAGGUUCGAAAUGGAGUCUCAAGUGGGUUAGCAACAACAACUAAACAACCUAAGCACAGAGAAGUAGGAAACGCAUCUUGCAACGAUUAUAAAGUAAAAUCAACACCAUAUUCAUAUUGUUCGACCUCGCGCACGUCCACUUACUUCAACAGUGGAUAUGUUGACAUAGAACCUGACGGAUGUGACAAUAAACAAAUUAAGUACAGUCAUCUUACAAUACAAACAUUGCCAUACUUUGACAACACGUAUUCGCAUCUUAAAGCAAAUCAGAACAACAUUAGUUGGAUUUCUGACAUUACAUAUUCACAUUUAGACAAUGAAAACUCACCAACAGAAACAACUGAGGACAUUGACACAUAUAAUCGGUUACAAGUAAACACAUCAAAUGGAAUGAAAAAGUUUCAAGACGAGUCAGAUUGUGAUACCGACUAUAGUCAUUUAGAUGCCAGAGCACAAAAUACGGAAAUCGAUGCGGGCGAUUAUUCACAUCUUAACUAUAAGUCGCCAGAGAAAAACAAAGAGCAUUCCUCAAGUGACUUGUCUGGAAAUACGCAUGAGCUAGCCUUUGUAGAAACAAGCGAUGGAGAGAUAAGACAUGAUUAUUUUGUGUUGGAGAAAAUCAGCUAAUUUCACAAAAUUUCCGACAAAUGAGGCUUAUGAACAGACUCAAUCAAACCGAGUCUGUAAUUUUCACUGUUUGCCUUGUUCUCGGUGCUUCCGCGGGAUCUAAUUUUCAGACUUUAUUGACAGUUGUUUUUUUGUUUUGUUUUAAUAUCAAUUAAAGAGAAAGUUUUAUAUCAUCACGGAAUGCCAUCGGUCCUAUACUGAAGAAUAUAAGUGAAAGCGUGGUCGGAUAUUCUGUACAUUAACAUAUCCAUAUUCCAUUAUUGUGUCAGCAAUUUCAGUUUCAAUGGUUGAAAUUAAUCCUACUGUGGCUAUAUCUUUCAUAAUUAUCUUCCUGCACAUUAAGAAAAAUAUGUUGUUUAUGAAAUAUUAAAAUUUCAAUAAACACUUAAUGUGGACAGAUAUGUUUCAUUUAAAUACGACCUUUACAAGUCACAAGUGGUGUAUUUCAUAAAACGUGUAAAUACCAUGAAAAAGAAUACAAGGGGUGUAGAUAUUUACUUUUGCGGCUAUAUUGUCAAAUAUGUGACCAAAUUCAACUUUGUUACCGGGAUAUGACAGGAAAAGGAAGUUAUUUGAUUUUUGUUAUGAAGUUUCGGCCUUAAAACGAGUUUCUUAAUUCAACACAUGUAUGUGUAUUUUGAGAUUUUUUUAAAAAUUGGGUGGAGGUAGCAGAAUCAUAAAAUGGUAACAUAGCAUUAGAUGAUUUUCUAAUUUUCAUAACAUAUCUUUCUAAAUGUGUUAGAAAACAAAAAUGUACCUUGUGCAAUAUGAAAUAUAUUGUAAAAGAUAUCGAGUGAGUGUUAUAGUACACGAUAUAAUCGCACAACUUCAUUGGCGUUUACUGAUGACGGUGUUUAAAUUUGCGUGUAAUAGAACAAGAUAUUUCUCUGUCAUUCUAAAUGUUUUUUGACUGUGUAUUCGUCUUAAAAAGUUAAACCCAAAAAUAAUU